AUGUUCAUCGAGCUUGUGACUGUCAUGGCGCCCGUGAUUUGGAGGUGCGGAGAUCCUCUGUUGAGGCCAAGACUGUUUUUCAUCAAAGCAGAAACUCUGUUCUGCUAUGUUGUCGAGUUGUGGUCGCUCUGGUUUGCGGUUUGCCUUUGGACGGUCGACGACUACAUUUGUACGCGUCCGUUCCAUUUGUCCAUGCUCAUCUUUGUGAAGUGGUUCCAGUUCAUGCUGUCAUGCCUGAAUUUUUCGUUUUUGAUCGAGCACCUGCUGCCUGCAUGGGUAGCAAUGACCAGCCGCCAGUCGAUCUUAUUUUUAGCCUACCUCGUCCUGACGGCCGCGGGGACUUCGAUGGCGUACUACGCAUUGCCAAUCGAAGAAGCAUCAGAAGACAACGGCCCUGUUUGGGAGUGGAUCUCCGCCUUCGUACUGACAUUCCGCCUGGAUUUCCUUGCCGAUUUUGACGACAAAGAUUUAGAAGGUGUGCAUCAGAUGGUCAACUCAACAAAUCAUCAAAUUGAAGACGUGGCGAACCCGCAGGCUGCAUCCUUCCACUGGGUCUUGAAGGUCUUUACUCUCGCCUGUGGCCUCUUUUUUCCCGUCAUAGCUCUGAACUUGUACGUUGGUCUGCUUGGGGUGGUAUACGAGGAUGCCCUCAAGCACGAUUGCCACCUCAAGGGCACUUUCCAGAUGAACUCAAGCAGCAGGCUUCUGGUCCAGCGCCAUUUCUGGAGGAAGGUGUGCUGCGGAAUCUUCGACAGGUGCGGGGGCAUCUUCAGCCUGACCUACUUCGAGAGAUUCAGCCGCGCCUGCAUAGAGAGAGGGGGCGAAGAGCACGAGGGCUUCUGGAUCGUCGUUCCAGAGGAGUCGCUGGACGAGAUGUACCAGGAGGGCGAGGAGGACCUGCCCGCCGCGCACGCGGGGGAGCCGCCCUCGAGGCCCUCUCUGCGAUACUCCAGGAGUGUCAUUCCGUCCGCUGGGUUGCGGCGUAGAUCCAGCAGGGCUGCUUGGGAGCCAAGGGAAGCGUCCAUUGAGGCAAGGCAGGCCGCCGAGAACAUGCAAGAGAUGAGAGACAUGCUCGAGAAAAUCAGCACCAGGCUCGACGCACUGAACGUUUCAAGGAUCGAGGAAGGGCUCGAAGAGCUGAGAUCAGACGUCAAGGAACUAAGAGGGGCAAUCGACGAGGCGAGCAGCCAGCCUAAGAAGGCUUCUGCGCUGUGUUUUAGAGGCGGCGCGGUUUCUGCUUGA